AUGUCUGAGCGAAAGGUUCUUAAUAAAUACUAUCCCCCGGACUUCGAUCCGUCGAAGAUUCCGCGGAUGAAAUUGGCCAAAAACCGUCAAUACACCGUUCGACUAAUGGCCCCGUUCAAUAUGCGAUGUGUGACCUGCGGCGAGUACAUCUACAAGGGAAAGAAGUUUAAUGCGCGCAAGGAGGAUGUGGAGCACGAGACGUACCUGGGCAUACGCAUCUACAGGUUCUACAUCAAGUGCACCCGAUGUCUGCAGGAGAUCUCAUUCAAAACAGAUCCGCAGAACACCGACUACGAGAUCGAGGCGGGAGCCACGCGGAAUUUCAUGGCCCUAAAGCUGGCCGAAGAGCAGGCCCGUCGCGAGCUGCAAGAGGAACGCGAGGAGGAAGCGAAUAAUCCCAUGAAAAUGCUCGAGAAUCGCACCGAGCAAUCGCGCAAUGAAAUUGAAAUGCUGGAGAGUCUCGAGGAGCUGCGCGACCUGAACCGACGACAGCAGACCGUAGACUACACAACAAUGCUGCAGCAAUAUAAUACGGGGGAAACGGAGAGAGAACGCUUGGAGCGCGAGGAGCGAGAGGAUGAGGAGUUUAUCAAAUCUGUAAACUUUAAAAGCAAGCCCGAGGGUGGCACUCGAAUAGUAGCCGAAGAAAUCAUUGAAGAGGUCAAAGAGGAGGCUGUGGACCUCCUGCCAGCCCCCCCGCCGGCUAAAUUAGCCAAACCCAUUUGCCCUCUUCCUGCGGCCGCAUCCACAAGCAAAGUUUUGGCCGCUCAGCCUUUGGUUAAACGUAAAACCCCCUUGGUGCUGGUCAAGCCCAAGGCAGCAGCAACGACUAAGCCGACAGCAACCUCAACUACAGCAACGGAUAUUCCAAAGGCAGCUGAAGUUCCAAAGACCCCAGCUCCAGCAGCGGGUCUAUCCCUUCUAGCCGCCUAUAGCGAUAGCUCAGAGGAUUCCACCUGACACAGCAUUUUACUGAUCUUGUUUUUACCAAUUCCAAGAAAAAUAAGCGUCCUGCAUCCUUUUGCCAGUAAAAACUCAUAAAAUCUAUAUAGUGUGUAUGUUUUUAUAUACUUUGAAUAAUGCAUCAUUUAAUUAACAUCCGGCUUCAAUUUAAUCCAAUUUUAAUCCAAUGAUUUCGUCAAGGCCAAUCAAUCAUAAGUCAAAUAAAUUUCAAUUUCAAACAAAAA